AUGCAAAUGAGAAACGGCGGCCCGAUCACAGAUGUCGCAGUUGACAGGACCGGAUUUCGGAUUGCCGCAGUCAGUGAUGUGAAUUGUGAACUCAACGUAUGGGACCUGCGUAACAGAAAUUGUCUGGCCCGAAUGCAAAACGUGCAUCGGUCAAUGCCUACUUCAUGUGAGUUCACACCUGAUAAUCGUUCCAUUAUCACCACUUCAACCGAUGGAUCGGUGAAAUCGAUUGAUUACGAAUGUGGGAGAGCUUUAAUCACAUUGAGAGACCAUAAACAUGCGGUUUCCUCAGCCUGUUUGACCACGGAUGGCAGAUUACUGGCGACCACAUCAUGGGAUCGGUCGAUCCUUUUGUAUGAUCUCCAAACUGGAGCCUAUCGCAACCAAGGUCCGACGGUUCUCACUGGAGCACACCAAGGAUCGAUAAGCUGUUCUAGUAUGAGCGCUGCAGGUGAUAUUCUGGUGACUGGUGGCCUAGAUAAACUGAUUAUCGUGUGGGAUCCGGAUAAAGGACAUCAUGUGUUGAGUUUAAAUGGUCAUAAAGACUGGGUGAAUACAGUGAAAAUAUCCACGGACGAAAGAGUCGUUCUUUCAGCGUCAAAAGACAAAACCAUUCGCCUAUGGGACGUGUUGAGUCGGGAGCGAAUGACAACUGGUACUAUGGUGGACACCCAUGCCAAAGUCAACAAAUCAAAGACGUCGCGGGCGCCACCGGUUCCUAUGGUGCGUGGCAGAUUGGAAUAUUCCGCUUUUGUUCCAUCACGAUUGCUGACUCCAAUGUUCUCGGUGAACUUCGGACUCGGUCCAACAAGCAAAGUUCGCUGUUUAGUGCAUCGCAAGUCUAAUUUGAUCCCACUGUUGGUCUACUACACCAUGUCGCGGUUCUCCUAG